AUGGCUACCAGGGGACUGGACAUAGUUUCGCUGAUCAAGCGCCAGAUCGAGGAAUUCGGCGGCGAUUUGGCCCUGGUGGAUGUAGGCACCGUGGUCCAGGUAGGCGACGGUAUCGCCAGCAUCCAAGGCCUGCAGGGAGUGCGCUCCAAUGAGUUGUUGGACUUUGGUAACGACACACUCGGGCUGGCGCUGAACCUCGAGGCCGACAUCGUGGGUGCCGCGAUUCUAGGCGACCCCAAUGCGGUCAAGGAAGGAGAUCGGGUCCGCUCCACGGGCCGUAUUAUCGAGGUGCCGGUCGGCGACAGCCUCAUCGGACGCGUGGUCGAUCCCUUGGGCCGCCCGCUCGACGGCAAGGGCGCCGUCAACACCAGCAGCAGUCGCUCCGCCGAAGCGGUGGCCCCCAACGUCGUGGUCCGACAAUCGGUGAACACCCCGGUGCAGACUGGUAUCAAGGCCAUCGACGCCAUGAUCCCCAUCGGCCGCGGGCAGCGCGAGCUGAUCAUCGGCGACCGCUCCACCGGAAAGACCGCCAUCGCCAUCGACUCCAUCAUCAACCAGAAGGGCGGCGACCUCAUCUGCAUCUACGUCGCCAUCGGCCAGAAACAGGGCAAGGUCGCCCAAGUGGUGAGUGCGCUGGAAGAAGCCGACGCCAUGGGCCACACGAUCAUCGUCACUGCCGGCGCCUCAGACUCUGCGCCGCUCCAAUACCUGGCCCCCUACGCAGGGUGCGCCAUGGCCGAGGAGUUCAUGUCCCAAGGCAAGGACGUGCUGAUCGCCUACGACGACCUGACCAAGCACGCCUGGGCCUACCGACAGAUGUCUCUGCUUUUGCGCCGCCCCGCCGGGCGCGAGGCCUAUCCUGGCGAUGUGUUCUACCUCCACAGCCGUCUGCUUGAACGUUCGGCGCGGCUGGACGAAGAACACGGCGGCGGCUCCAUCACCGCUUUGCCCAUCAUCGAGACUCAGGCAGGUGACGUGUCGGCUUAUAUCCCGACCAACGUGAUUUCCAUCACCGACGGACAGAUCUACCUGGAAGCGGAGCUGUUUAACGCCGGCAUCCGCCCCGCGGUUAACGUGGGUCUGUCGGUGUCUCGCGUGGGUGGCGCCGCCCAGUCUCGUGCCAUUCGCAGGGUGGCGGGACGUCUCCGCCUCGACCUCGCCCAGUACCGCGAGUUGGCGACCUUCGCCCAAUUCGGUACGGCUGAUUUGGACGCUUCUACACGUUCGCAGCUGGCGAGAGGCCAAUUGGCUACCGAGGAAGUGGUGAUCCUUUUCGCUGUCAACUCCGGCGCGAUGGAGGAUAUCCCGCUUGAACGAGCCGGGGAAUUUGAGGAUGGAUUGCUCCGCCACGUGUCCAGCAGCCAUCCGGACAUCCUGGAAAGCAUCACCGAGACCCGGGACAUUACCGAUGAGACCGAAGCAAAGAUGAACCAGGUCAUCGCGGACUACAAGUCAACGUUCGGCAUCUAG